AAUUGUGGAUCUUUUGGUGUUUCUGCUCCUUUUCCCUGGAAAUUAUGGAUGUUUUGGUGUUUCUGCUCCUUUUCCCUAGAAAUUAUGGAUGUUUUGGUGUUUCUGCUCCUUUUCCCUAGAAAUUGUGGAUCUUUUGGUGUUUCUGCUCCUUUUCCCUAGAAAUUGUGGAUCUUUUGGUGUUUCUGCUCCUUUUCCCUAGAAAUUGUGGAUGUUUUGGUGUUUCUGCUCCUUUUCCCUAGAAAUUGUGGAUGUUUUGGUGUUUCUGAUCCUUUUCCCUGGAAAUUAUGGAUAUUUUGGUGUUUCUGCUCCUUUUCCCUGGAAAUUAGGGAUAUUUUGGUGUUUUAUGGCAGCUGAGCUCUUUGAGGGGCGAGAAGGGCGGGAGCUGCAGCUCUGCUGGCCCCGUGGAAGUGUGACUGGUAUGGGUAAUGGUGUGAGAGAAGGUCCAGUGGAAUUCCAGAGGGAUGUGGAGCCCGUCACGGCCCGAAUUGCAGCAGAGGAUAACCAGGAGAAGAAGAAAGUGCUGAACUCCCUGAUGUCCGGGGCUCUGGCUGGGGCUGUGGCUAAAACUGCAGUGGCUCCUCUGGACAGGACAAAAAUCAUGUUCCAAGUGUCUUCAAAAAGAUUUUCUGCUAAGGAAGCGUACAGGCUGAUUUAUCACACCUACCUCAACGAGGGCUUCUGGAGCCUCUGGAGAGGGAAUUCCGCCACCAUGGUGCGGGUGAUCCCCUACGCCGCCAUCCAGUUCUGCGCCCACGAGGAGUACAAGCAGAUCCUGGGCAACUACUACGGAUUCCAGGGAAAGGCACUGACACCUUUCCCUCGCUUCAUUGCUGGCUCCCUGGCUGGCACCACGGCUGCCAUGGUCACCUACCCCCUGGACAUGGUCCGUGCCCGCAUGGCUGUCACGCCCAAGGAGAUGUCUGCUCUCCCCGUGUCCCCACGCCAGGUACAGCAGCAUUGUCCACGUCUUCAUCCGGAUAUCCCGGGAGGAGGGGCUGAAAACCUUGUACAGGGGCUUCACACCCACCAUCCUGGGCGUCAUUCCCUACGCUGGCCUCAGCUUCUUCACCUACGAGACGCUGAAGAAAGUGCACGCAGAGCACAGCGGGAGGGCGCAGCCCUCGCCCCCGGAGCGGCUGCUGUUCGGGGCGUGCGCCGGCCUCAUCGGGCAGUCGGCCUCGUACCCGCUGGACGUGGUGCGGCGCCGCAUGCAGACGGCCGGCGUGCUGGGCCACACCUACAGCUCCAUCCUGCUCACCAUGCAGGACAUCGUCCGCGAGGAGGGACUCGUCCGAGGCCUGUACAAAGGGCUCAGCAUGAACUGGGUGAAAGGCCCCAUCGCCGUGGGGAUCAGCUUCACCACCUUCGACCUGACGCAGAUCCUGCUCCGCAAGCUGCAGCACGGCCCCGGCCUCGAGAGGUAGUGGCUCCGUGGCCCAAAGAGCAGUUUGUUCUUCCCUGGCCUCCCACGUGCUCCUGCAGCUGGGAACUCCCCCGUUUGUUGGGGUUGUUUGUUUUUUUUUUUUCCUGUUGGUCCCGGAUAUUUUUUUUUUUUCCCCUUUUUAAUUUGGAAGCCUAACCGUUCCCUAAGUGAAAAAUUCCCGAUCCUGCAGAGCUGAGUCCUCCUCCAAAGCAGCUGCCUCACCCUUCUGGUGGACUCUGCCCCCAGGAGUGGAGCCUCCCCACCCCACCUGUGCUGCUCCUGGCUCCUCACCUGGCUCUCCGUGGGCAGAUGGAAGCGGUGGAUGAUGGAAGAGAAGGCUCGGAGCUCUUGGGAAUGAACCCCUGGAUCUGGGGAGGGGCAGUUUUGUAGCUCCCCACAUUCUGCCAAGUGCAAUAUCCCAGUGCAGUCCGCAGGGAAUUCCAGAUUCCUCUGGGCUGUGAAAGCAGGGCAGAGCAGGCCCAGGACACUACACUUGUUCCGAAAGCUGAAUGUUUCCUCUGGCUGGGAAUGCUGCCCUUUUCCUAUGGAUUUCCCUUGGUUUUGGGUUGAGCUGCCAAUCGAUGUCCCUCGUUUGUGGUGUCCCUCUGAGAUUACCAAAGACUGGAGGCAGCAGAGGAGGGGAGUUCCGAGCCCUUUUAUAAAGGAAAUUUUCCUCUGCGUGCUGUCGGUGUCGCCGAGCAAGGGCUGUGCCUGGAUUCCCAAACUGGACCCGCUCCAGCUGCAUUUGUGUUUUCCCUCUGUGCUGCCCUGCCCUGGAGAGGCAGCGUUUUCCAGGGCUGCACGCACUGAGGAAGGAGGUGUUCCCUCCUCCAAAAGCCCCUUUGUUUCAUUCAGUGUUGUCGCUGCUCUAUGCACCGUGUGAGAACAAAUCCUGCUGCAGCCCCAACAAAAGCUGUCCCUGGGAGCUGAGCCCAGCUCCUGGGCGUCCUGGUUGUCCUGUUUGGUACCUGCUGUGUAGGUCCUGUCACCCCUGUUCAGUAACUCAUCCCCUCAGCUGCUUUAUCCCUAAAAUUCCCCUUGGAAUUUAAUCCUUGUGGGCACCACAGCGUUGACCCUACAGUGCCAAUCACUUCCAGCUGGGAUUCGACAACGAACGGUCGAGAAUCUCUCAGUGUUCCUCUUUCCAAUCAGUUUUCAGGGAAAUGGAGAUUUUUUUUUUUUUUGGUGGGUGAUCAUUCCCUCUGUUAAAUUCAGAGGUCAGAGCAGACUUCAGACUCCUCUGAUGAUCCGAUGACACAAACCAAGGUGGAAAAAUCCCUUUCCAGGGAGUCCAUAAUGUAAGGAAAAAAAAAAUAUUUACCUUAAAGCCUGUCCUUUCCUGGUUGUUCUGUACUUGAGCUGUUGUAGCUGGGUGGGAUGAGUGGGAAUGGAAGGAAUUGCACAAGGGGGCAGGAGCAGCCUUCUCCUUUCUUUCUUGUCUUUGCACUUCUCUGGAGCACGAAGCUGCUCCUGAUGCCAAAUAUUUCCUUAGGAAUCAGGGGGUGUGGGAAUGGCACUGGAGUGUUGGCACACAGCUUAUUCCCAGCACUGGCAUGGGGCAGACUGGAACUGGGAUUUAACCUCAGGAAUUCUGCCCCUGAGCCCAGCAGGGCGGCACAUUCCCCGAUUUACCUGGGAGUUAAAGAUCCCUGGGGUUUUGGGAGGUGAUGGCCACGAAUUCUGUGUCAUUUUUUUGGGGCUGUGGAAAACCCCCAGCUCUGCUUUCCCCUCGCUCAGCACCCCCAUUUCUUUUCUCCAAUGGAGAAGCCAAUUAUCCUGCUCUUGUCCUGAUCCAGAGGGAGGAAUUCCCAGCAGCGUUCAUGUCCCCGUGUCCCGUCCCUUCCUUGUCCCCUCCCAGCUGGGAAAAGCAGGAAUUCCAGCAGCCUGACAAGUCCUUCUUUAAUUAGCAGCUGCACCUGAUUUAAAUUCGGAAUUUCAGCCAAUUUCCCCACAAGUUUUGCAGGCUGGCUGUUCAUCCAGGGGCAGAUCCUUGAAUUCAGCCUGUGAUGGUUUUGGUGCUUUUGUUUCUCUCAGAGAGUGUUGCUGCUUUGGGUUGGUUUAAAAAGCUUUUUUUUUUUUCCACCCCUUUUUCUUUCUUUUUUUUCUUUGAAUGUAGAAAAGGGGAAACAGAGUGUUCCCUUCCCUUCUCUUCUUCCCUGCAUGGAUUCAGACACGUUCCAGAUUUUUUUUCUGAGGUGUGCUGGCCAGGAAGAGCUCUGAGAAAGGAAACAACUCAAAACAGGAGUUUUUCCCUUUUUUUCCCUUUUUUUC